AUGACCCAAGACCGACUGUGGCAGGUCCUAGAUCCAUUGUGGGGAGACCCUCGCACCCUCUCGGCUCUGCUCUGCACUUCGGCUGCAGCCAUUGGGCUACUGAAAUGGCUGGGACGGAGGCAGGUCCAGCAGAAGAUGGAGGAGGCGAGAAGGGCCCGGGAUCUGGCCCUGGAGCGAAUGGAGAAGGCAGCUCGCAGGUUUAAGCAAGAGAACCCAGGCACCCAGACUGCAUAUGUCCUCUCGCUGACGAUGGUGGAGCUGGCAGAGAAGCUGAAGGAGGGGUCCCUGUCCCCAGAAAGUGUCCUCUGCUCCUACAUGGGCAAAGCUUUGGAGGUAACUCGGGAGGUGAACUGUGUGGUGGACUUCAUUCAUGGCUGUGAGGAUCAGCUCCAGAAACUGAAGAAGCAGAAGGAGAAGGGGCUGCUCUACGGCAUUCCCGUCAGCAUCAAGGAGCACAUUAACUGCAAGGGCCAUGUCUCCUCUGGAGGGAUGGUGCAGUUUCUGGGCCAAGUGAAGGAAGAAGACAGCGUCAUCGUCCAGGUCCUGAAGAGCCAGGGGGCAAUCCCCUUUGUGAAAACCAACAUCCCACAGACGAUGAUAAACUAUGACUGCAGCAACCUCAUCUUUGGCCAGACGCUGAACCCUCUCAACCACCAGAAGAGCCCCGGGGGCUCCUCGGGAGGGGAGGGAGCUCUGAUCGCAGGAGGAGGCUCCCUCCUGGGCAUUGGCUCAGAUGUGGCUGGCAGCAUCCGCCUGCCAUCCAGCUUCUGCGGGCUGUGCGGGCUCAAACCCACAGGCAACAGGAUCAGCAAACUGGGUGUGAUUUCUCCUCUCGUAGGAAUUAAAUCAGUGACAGGGGUGCUGGGACCGAUGGCGAGAGAUGUGGACAGCCUGGCCCUUUGCAUGAAGGCGCUGCUCUGUGAGGAGAUGUUCCAGCUGGACCCCACUGUGCCCCGCCUCCCCUUUGAUGAGGAGGUUUACACCAGUUCAAGGCCACUUCGGAUUGGGUAUUAUGAAGGAGAUGGCUACUUCAUGCCCUCACCCAGCAUGAAACGGGCCAUCCAGCAGACCAGAAAGCUCCUCCAGGAUGCAGGGCAUACGCUUGUUCCCUUUGCACCGCCCAAGAUUGACUACAUGGUAGAUGAGCUGUUCACCAGAGGGAUUUUCUCAGAUGGUGCUGCCCACCUGGUAGACUGCCUCAAAGGAGACAUCGUGGAUCCCAACCUGAAACCCCAGUUCAGUAUUUACAGGCUUCCUGCUCUGGUGAAAAGGACCUUGGCUAUCAUUUUGAAACCCAUAUACCCACGAAUCGCUCGGCUUCUUAGUGCUCACUGUGGAGUGGGGUCUGCCAAAAACCUCUUGGAUCAGCAUGGAGCAGUGGAGGCUUACCGCACUGAGUUCAUUGCUAAAUGGAGGAAGCUCAGGCUGGAUGUGAUUCUUUGUCCCAUGCUGGGGCCAGCCUUUAACCACGGCUACGCUGGGAAGCUAUUUGCUGCUACCUCCUAUACCCAUUUAUACAAUGUCUUAAACUUCCCUGCUGGGGUGGUGCCGGUCAGCACGGUGACGAGAGCCGAUGAGGAAGAACUGAAGCACUACCGAGGGCACUACGGGGACCCCUGGGAUAAGAGGCUGAAAGAGGCUGUGGAAGGAGCUGAGGGGCUGCCGGUGGCCGUGCAGUGCGUGGCUCUGCCGUGGCAGGAGGAGCUGUGCCUUCGCUUCAUGAAGGAGGUGGAGGCACUUGCCCAUGGCACAAAGAGAAAUUUAAAAAAGGGAAAAGAGCAGAGACCAAAGGGCCACAUCAUGAACCAGCAGCAGCUCAGACAGCUCCAGUCAGAGGAGGAGGUUGAUUCCUACUAA